GUUGCAUCGUGAUAUCUGGUUGUAGACGGCGUUUGCCAGUUUUUUUCUGUAACAUUGGGAGGAUGACCAUGGACAUGACUUUCCUCGGAACCGGCUCGGCUUACCCGUCUCCUCACCGCGGGGCCUCGGCUCUGGUUCUGCGCACGGACGGAGAAUGUUGGCUGUUUGACUGCGGAGAAGGAACCCAGACCCAGCUGAUGAAGAGCCAGCUGAGAGCCGGUCGAAUCACCAAGGUUUUCAUCUCCCAUUUGCACGGAGAUCACUUGUUCGGUUUGCCUGGUCUCCUUUGCACCGUGAGUCUUAACACCAACUCGGACCCUCUGCAGAGCCUGAACUGUGUGGACAUCUACGGGCCCCGGGGCCUCCGGCACUUUCUCAGGGUGACACUUGGCCUCACGGGGUCACAGCUGGUCUUCCCUUACGCAGUACAUGAGCUGGAGCCCACAGCUGACCAGAGUCCAGAGGAGGGACAGCUCAGCCAGGAGGCGACAGCAGAGACCGGCCCUCUCCAUCCUCAGGAGCAGCCGGGCAGGACCAUCUCCCUGGACGUCUCCAGUGACUCUUAUCUCCUCUUUGAAGACAAGAAGUUUGUGGUCAAAGCCUUCAGGUUGUUUCACCGCAUCCCGUCCUUUGGUUUUUGCAUUCAGGAGCGUGAUCGACCUGGAAGACUGAAAACUGAAGUACUGAAGGAACUAGGUCUGAAACCAGGGUCUCUCUACGGCCGUCUCAAAGCUGGGGAGUCAGUUACUCUGGAAAGCGGCCGUGUGGUGCUGCCUGAAGAGGUGCUGGAAGAAGCUACACCAGGCAGGAAAGUGUGCGUUUUAGGGGACUGCAGCUCGGUGCUGGGGGAAGGACCGCUGAGGCUGUGCAGCGGAGCGGAUGUUCUGGUUCACGAGGCCACCCUCGCGAACGAGCACCAGGAGAAAGCGGUGGACCACGGACACAGCACGCCCGGGAUGGCGGCGGCGGUGGCCCGGGCCUGCUGCGCGCAGAGGCUCGUGCUGUAUCACUUCAGCCAGCGGUACAAACCGAGCUCCCUGCACAAGGAGGGAGACGAGGACGGCGUUUCAGAGCUCCAGAGACAAGCUGAGGAAGCUCUGCAGGACACUGGUGUGGAAGUGACACUGGCUGAGGACUUUCUGAUUCUACCCAUUCCUCUCAGAAGACCAAGGUAGUCGUUUUUAGAAUGCUGGUGGUGAAUCCGGUUGAAUACGGAACAGCUCUGUGUAAACUG